UCGUGGAACUUUUUACUUCACAUUCUCAUAACCAAAAAAAGGAUAUGGAGACUUGAAUUAUUUUUUUUCUUGCCAAGCGCAGUAUGGAAAAUGUUUGUUAUUUUUAAUUUACGACAACUAAUACCAUUGUUAUGAAUUCAAACAAGUUAGCAGAAUGAAAUAUUAUUUUAUUGUAACUUGAUAAAUGUGAACUAGUGCAUGAUUAUAAGUAUUUAUUUGAAGUCAAUUCUAUUAAUUGUGGAUUAAUGGGCAUCUACCUAUAUCUACCAUUGUUAUUAUAACUUGACUUCAGUUGUUGAAAAUUUGAGAUCUCAAAUUUGGUUUCGAAAGGGAUUUGCUCCGUCAUUUGCAAACUCCAGACUUCUGGCUAGCAAGAUUCAGCUUCUGCAAAACAAACACAAAAAGGAAAAGAAAAAAGGAGUUUGGGUUCUGCAUGGCGAGUACCGGUGAAGAGAACGUUGCAAGGUUUAGUUUCCACAACUUUAACAGUUUAGCGGAAAAUCCUGCCCCGCCCAAAGAUUUACAAAAAUCAUGUCUUAAGUGGAAUUUCAUAUUUACAACAUCAUGUGUGUUUGCCGUUUUACUGGAUCCUUUGUUCCUCUACAUUCCUAUCCUCAACGACCACAUCAAGUGUCUGAAGUUGGACAACAACUUAAAGAUUACAGCUCUCAUCUUACGAUCGGUCACAGAUCUAUUUUAUAUAGCCAAUAUUAUUUUUCAAGUUUGUAGAUUUGAAAAUUGUUCACCUUCGAUCAAGCGAUUUCUUCCCGAAAGUUGCUCCUCCAAGUUAAUAACAUCACUCAUCAAAAGCUUUCGUGAGUUAUUACCUGAAGUAAGCAACGAAGUUCCAAAACCAAGUAUAACUAAAGAGAUACGGGAGUCGUCCAUCAUAGUUGACAUUUUAGCUAUUCUUCCUCUUCCACAGGUAGUAAUUCUCAUUUUCUUUUCAAAAAUGAGGGCCUCAAGAUCUUUCAGGAAGCUCAUGAACUUUCUUGUUAUGGUGCAAUAUGUACCACGAGUUCUUCGCAUCUACAUAUCAUGCAAGAAAUCUAAAAAACCUUUCAAAGGACAGAUUGCAUUAUGGGUUAAAGGUGUACUCAAUUUUUUUUUGUACAUCCUUGUUAGUCAUGUACUUGGGGCUUUUUGGUACUUUUUUGCUAUUCAACGAAUGACAAGUUGCUGGCAACAUGCAUGUCGAUAUGAAAAUGGAUGCGACCCUACUUCUUUUGACUGUAAUGAUCAUCAUACGUUGAGAAAUAUUACGGUUCUAAAUGAUUUAUGCUCUAUCAAUCCAUCAAAUACAGAUCUAUUUGAUUUUGGUAUAUAUCUAAAUGUCCUUCAGUCGGGUAUAUUGUGGUCAACAAACUAUCCCUUGAAGUUUUUAAAUAGUUUUAGUUGGGGCCUGCGGAAUUUGAGUUCUCUUGCUUCAAAUCUCCAGCCAAGUACCAAUACAUGGGAAAUCCUGUUUGUGACUUUUAUAUCUGUAAUCGGCUUGCUACUAUUUGUAUAUCUCAUUGGGAAUUUGCAGACCUAUGUGCUGUUAGAUACAGAAAGAUUAGAGUCGCACAGACGCAAGAUGAAAAUUGAACAGAAGUUGACAGAAAAAGUAGGCCCAGAUGUAGAAAAAUGGUUAUUUGAAAAUGGCAUCCCCAUGAGUACAAAGUCGGAGGUCAUGUCAAAGGUACGACAAGAACUUGAAGAAAACUCCGAUAUUGAUGUAAAAAAGGAAAUCCUCUCCAUUCUUCCCCAUGAACUUCAAAACUACAUAGAAAGUUGCACGCCCUUGAGUAGGCUGAGGAAGGUACCUAGGCCUCAUGCAAGUCUGGCCACUUCAUCACUUAACGGAUUCUCAAACAAUAAUUUUAAUGGAGGAGUCACAUUGCAACAAAAUGACAAUUUCGAGGUACCACUACUUCGAAACAUGGACGAACAAGUUUUGAGAGAAAUCUCUAAGCAUCUUAAGCCCAAGAGGUAUGAAAAUGACAUCAUUAUUAAAGAGGGUGAACCACUUGAAAUGAUGCUUUUCAUCGUGGAUGGAUGUGUAAUCAUUGAAAAGACAGAUUGUUCUCAUAAGUUGGAGCGAAGCGCAGGAGAUUUUUAUGGAGAGAAACUUCUAGUUUGGCCAUCAUGGACGUCCUUCCAUGAGGGGACAAGACCCAUAGCAACCGAGUCUGUUUCAGCUAGUUAUAAAGUUGAGGCCCUUGUUCUCUUGGCCAGCGACAUGGCUAGUAUAGGCACUAAAUUCAGGUCACAUUUCAACAAGUUGGAAAUGAGUCAUCUAACGGAUUCUGAGUGGGAGCUUUUGACUUGUGACAAGGUGGCUAUGCUACAACAAGUGCCAAAGCUUCGAGCUAUGGAUAAACAAGUAUUGAAAGCAAUGGCUGAGCAUCUUCUACCGGUUUACCAUGGACGCGAUUUCAAUAUCAUUCAAGAGAACCGACCACUUAGUAUGAUGUUCUUCGUCACGAGGGGAGAGGUGAUGAUAAAAAAUAAUGGGAAGGGUCGUGCACCUUUUUUUGGAGAAGAACUUGUUGAGUGGGUACUGGAUAAGUCUUUUCCUGAGAUGCUACCCUUGUCCACCUGUACAGCUACAGUAGUCUCAAACGAUGCUGAAAUCCUCUAUCUCAAGGCAGACGUCUUGAAGAAUUUUGUCUCUAAUAAUAACUUCGCGUCGCAUUUCAGCAGGAUCGCCUCCGAGAUAGAUCUUUUUACUUUUGUCCGGUUGACUAGGCUAAAGAAAGUGAAGAUAUUUCAAAAAAUGGAGAAAGAAGUGUUGGAAGCACUCUCCAAGCUUCUUAAGCCCAAGACGUACCGUGCUGCCAACACCUAUAUUAUUCGAGAGAAGGAACCACUUGAAAUGAUGUUCUUCGUUGUGAGCGGAGUUGUAUCCAUUGAAAGAAGCGAUAGUACUACCAUUGAAGGGCCACAAACCCGUGAAAUGGGAGGUUUCUAUGGAGAAGAACUUGUACAUUGGGUUACAACUUGGGCAUCACAUAGCUACUUUCCUGCCGAACUACCUUUGGCAACUGGUUCUGCGCUACGCGGCCCCCGUCCUGUUAAAAUCCUUGCUCUCACAGCCGACGACUUGAAGAGUGUAGUCUCUGAUUUCAAGUCCAAGUUGUUCACAAGGGAGACUCAGAUCACCCUCCCUCCAUACUUGCCGUCGGAGCCUUUGACUGGGGAUCUGUUGACUAUGCUAAAGAAUGUGGAAAGGCUUAAGCAUAUGGAUGAGCAAGUGUUGAAAGAAAUAAGUGAGCAUCUUAGGGUAGAAAAGUAUCAAGAUCAGUACAUUAUUGGAUUGAAUGAGUCAGUGGAAAAGAUGUUCUUCAUCUUGAGGGGAGUUGUGGCGGUGACAAACGAGUACUGGACAGAACACCGCAAUGAAGCAGAACGUUCAAAUCACAGUGGAGAUGAUCUUAUAGAUUAUUGGGUGCGAUCUAAAGAUACCGCCUUUCCUAAGGAGUUGCCCAUCUCUGCUUUAAGUUUUCGGGCAAUCGGUGAAGUUAAAGUUCUGGUUCUUAUGGCCAACGACUUGGCUAGGGUUCAGCCUUGUCGAAUUCGUAGUAAAACCUUUCUUCGAAGAAACUGAAGUCUGCAAGUCUGAUUGAAUUAAUUGCCAAAUGCAAUUGCAAUAAUGAACUCUUAAUCAAAUUUUAUUAACUACUUUUUGUUGAA